UCCUGCGGCUUAGGUCGAAAGUGAAACAUUCGGCACGCAAAAUAAUUGAGCAUAUAAUUUCAAUAUAAAAUUCUGUUAAAGAAUCAUAAAAAAAAGGUAUCUAAGUUAUAAUGGCUCGAAAUGCAAUGUUAUCUCGGAUGGAAACGAUCUGUGCCGAAGCGAUGGAAAUCCAGGAGAUUUUUCUAGAUGAUGACGAUGAUCUGGACGAAGAGGAAGUUCCGGACGACAUUCCAAGCGACGCCGAUGACGAUGAUGUGCAACAAAAAGAUGAAGAGAGUGACGGAAAAUCCAGCCGAUCAAGUGAAAAGCAAGAAAAGCGCAAUAACAAUGACAAAGGAGUAUCUGUUAAGGUUAAUUGCGAGGAUAAAAAGCAGCAGCGUUAUGCCAAAUGGAUAUCACGAGCUUUGCGGGCAGCUGUCAAUCCUAUUGUUUCCAGAUUCAAUCUCAACUUGAAGGUUAACCUUGAUCUGAACUUAGCUAAUAAGGGAAAUGCCAACAAGGGAUCGAACGAACAAGAAAAUUCCAAACAAGAAAAUGUUGGGAAGCCUACACCUGAACAGUCAAAGCAACGAGCCGAUUUGGCCAGGAUCAAAGCAUUGCAAAAAGAGAACAAACGUCUGGAAGCUAUGUUUACAAAAAUUGUUGCAGCAUAUUCGGAUAUGAAGACAAAACUUACUCAGAAAACUACUGAAAUGGAUGAUCUGCAGCUCAAGGUCAGCAAAUCAGACUCAAAUAUUUCACAGCUAUUAAGUGAUAAUAGCACUCUUAAAGCCAAACUAGCAGAGCAAGAAGCCCAUAAUGAUGAGCUGCAAACUGAAUUGAAACAACUACAAAACCAAAAUUCUUCUGCACAAAACGAAAUAAACACACUGGAGAAGCAACUCGAAAAGAGCACAAAUAAUUCAGCGGAACUGCGGAAGCAAGUUGCAGAACUACAGCAGAAGUAUGAUGCUUUCGUUAGUCGGACUCAGAAAGAACAAGCCGAGCUCUUUACAUUCCAGCAUAAAUGUACGUUGGAUACCAAGCAGGCUGAAAUAGCAAAACUAUCCGAUCUGUUAAAACAACUCGAGGAGGAAAAGCAAAUGUCUGAAACUAAAUUCCACCGCACCCUGCAGGCGCAGGUUCAGAAAAAUACACAACUAGAGCUGCGGAAUGUAGAACUUAUGCAAAGAAAUCGCGAGCUCAGUGCACUUCCGAAAAGGAACACUUCGGAGACAGCAGAACAUACAACUGCAGUAUACUCUACGUCGAAUGUAGCAUCUAAUUUUACCUGCCCUCUGUGUGGAACCAAAUUCGCAAAGUUGGGUGAUUUACAAAUCCAUACCGAAAAUUGUGGGAUAUAAUGCAGUUUAAUUUCACAAAAGCCAUUUGAGAACAAAGUAUUCCUUCUGAAAUGCUAUUCGGGAACACUUAACCCUCUAGUGCCCAAUACCAUUUGGCGGGCUUCAGUCGAAGUUUUGAAAAGCUUCAAUAUGUACUUAAAGAGUGUUUUAAAUGAUUCAUAGUGAUUUUACCGAAGCCCGUUUAGAAAUUAACUUGGGCGCUAGAGGGUUAAAAUAAAGCACUUAUGAAAUAUCUUUAGAUUAGUAAUCUAUGUCGCGAAAGCUCGAUUACGACUUUAGUGUAGCCCGCGAUAAUAGGUAAAUAAAUGCGAUGAAACGAG